GAGUGCAGUAGAGGCGUGCAAAACAGCUCAUUUUGGUGAACAGCUCCGAACCGAUCAGCUCACCAAAGUGAAUCGAUUCGAUGUAUCAGCUCAUCAGCUCUUUUAUUUUGAACUUAAGGUUCAUUUUGUGCGCCGUGUUUCUUAUGCACCGUUUUUUUUUCAAAUGCAUGAUCGAAAUUGAAUCAUUGAUUUGCAAUGAUGCAAUGAAUGCCAUGCGAAAUAAUUUAUCUUUAAUUGAUGUCGACUAAAUUGAAUCUCUUAAAGAGCCGAAGAUCCGAUCAGCUCGUAGCGUGUUCCUGCGUCAUAAUGCAGUGAACUGGGUAGCAAAUGAGUGAGCUGGUGAGCUGCGGUUCCUUUGAAAAGAGCUGUGAGCUGUCAGCUCACUUCAAUGAUUCGAUUCACUGGAACAGCUCAGGAGCGAAUUGCCCAUCUCUAGAGUGCAGUGAUUAUUCGGCAAUAUUCAAUAUUUGGUAUCACAGCUAGAGUUUGUGUUAAUUUUGUUUGUGUUAAUAUUUUAAAUUGUUUGAAGUGAUGCCGUCUAAUCCCAUACAAUCAAAAAUAGAAAGGAUGGCGGAAAAAAACCGUCAGUCUACAAAACGAACACUAAAGCGGGCUAAUGAGCAACGGAAUCCUGAGGCGAUAACCUCAAAAAAAGUAUGCCCAGAGCGGUAUUUGCGAGAGGUUGAGGCUGCGGCCGCCCAGUAUACUGCAUCUUUAAAAUCGGCGGACGAAUCUUUGGCGGAUAAUUUGUAUGCGAAGGAGAUUUUCAUGAACAAAUCAAACGUACGAGAAGUCGCACGAGAAAUGGUCGUGUCGUCGGUAAAAGACAAAAAUACCAAUGCGAUGGAGAGGAUUAUCAUAAAAUCUCAGAAUAAUAUUUAUCGACGCUUCGCAAAUGAACCGAAGUACCGUAUUCGAGAAACGUAUGAGAAAGUGAGGUUUGUAAGCCCGUACUACGAGUAUCGCUUCUAUCUUGCAUUGCACAAGCCGUUGAAAAGCGAAGAGGAGUAUCAGGAUUACUUGAAUAAGCUGAAAGAAUCGGGAAUGAAAGAAUGCUGGGUCGACAUGAGGCAACGUAAUAUAUUGCUUAAACUGGAGGCCAGUGUGGUAAAGCUGCUUAAGAGAAGAUUUGAAUUCAAAUGGAGCGGAAAACUAGAAAAAAUAACAACGUAUUUAAUGGACGCAUACCGAAGUCAUUGCCAAAAGCAAGAGGCACAAUUACAGGCAAUCGAAGAACAAAAAAAUCUGCUAAGAACUGCAUUAUUGAAACAUUCAAAUGCUAGGAAAAGAUGUACUGAUAAACAAAUUCAGACUAUUUUAGAUGCCGAGGACGAUUUAGAAAGAUUCAUUUCAUGGAGAUGGGUUUUGUUUGAUGACGAUGAAUUAAACAAAAAAUUUCACCUCGGUGCCUACAGAACAGUAGUUCCAGAAGAUAUUAUUGAUAUUUCACCCAUCGAAGAUCGAUUGAUGUGCCAAAAUGAUUCUUGUGAUUCGGAAAUAGUGCAAAUUCAAGCAGAAAUGGCAAUGACGCAACCCUCGGAAGUAAUACCACCGCGAGGUGCUAUUUUAUCCAGUAAAGAAGAAUUGAUUGCUGUUUUGCAAGCUGACUCACAGUCACUUGGAUCAGUUUCAGUUCCGUAUCUCCCAUCACCAACAUUACCAGAAGGUGGAUCACAAAAUCAGGCAAGUCCUCCUAAUGUUGCUCUCGAACAUCAAGAAGCUAGUGUGAUGAAUCGCUUAUCACCGGCCAAAUCGCCUGCAGAAUGUAACAUGAAUGCAUCGCACAGCAGUCAGCAAAGAAUGUUGUAUACUCUCGAAUAUGUGUGUGAAUUUACGAAUAUAGAGGAAGUCGUUUUGAGUGCGAUGAGAGAGAAUAAGAAAAUUUCGCUAGAGAAGAAAAUGAAACAGAUGGCCAAGUAUGUCAAAAAAUACUACGAAGUUCAUAAACAAAUGUUUGCCGAAAAUAAAUUGCCACCGGGACUGCGCACUCUAACAAGGGAGGAGCGCAACGCCAAAAAAAAAAUAGUGACGAAUGAACAACAGAAUCUUCCAUCAUCAAAUAAUUUAAUAAAUGUUGAAAAUACAAUUGCUGUAAAUGAUGUAGUACAGCAUGCGACAACUAUCGCCGGUCAUUCAAACAUCGUUCAUGUUGACACACCAAACAUUCCACGAUGUUCUUUAAGAUCUAGAACUAUUAACUACGAUUCAGAGAAUGAAGAUGAUUCUUUUGAAUCGCCAGCCUACGAAGAACACGUUGGACUGGCUUCACAAAGUUUGACGGAACAUUUCUUACCUGGUGUCUGUUCGACACAGUAUGAACCCGUUGUUUUGCAUCCACAACAUGCACCAUUAACCUGCCCUAACAGAUCAAGCACGAAUUCACUUGAUGUCGCGUCAACAGUUUUCCAGCAAAGUUUAAGGUUGCAACAAUCACGCGAUCAACGUCAAUCAGUUGACAGUAUGUCCAGUGUUGAUUCAUCUGUGACAAGUGUGACCGUAGUUCCUAAUACGAAACCAACAAAUUCCAGACAGUCCGCCAGUCAAAUCAAAACUGAGAAAAAUCAUUCUGGUUACGAAAACGAAGUGGAAUGCGUAGACAUUCCUAAUGAGAUCCUGAGCAUCGACGAUUCUCUGGAUGCGGGAUCGAGUCAGACUGAUGGCAAUAUGUUGAUCGAUCGGCUGACAGAACAUGACAGUUUACUAUCAGGAGUACCUCUGAUGCUGCAGGACAAAGCUGAUGCCCUGUUUCAAGAAAAUAUGCUCUCGCAGAGUAGUUCCGGCAGUGGCGGCAAAACGGCAAUACUUUCACAGGAGCAUUUGGCAGAUCGAUUGGGGUUUACAAAGUAGAUAUCAUCGCUCCAACGAAAACAACUCAAUUGAUUUCAACACUUUAUAGUGUCCCUAGUUUACCACCAUACAUUCAACCUAGUCCAGUGCUGUUUUUCCGUAGAGGCAGAGCCUCCUUUGGAAGGCAAUCUUUUCGGCAGGUCACACGAAUCACAGCUGUGCGUCGGUCGCGUUUGCUAGUGUAUCAAAAAAUUGUUGCCGUGAGUUUUUUCCGCAAUCCCGCUGUGUAUCAACGAUUGCACCAUUUGGAAGCAACACUGGACUACAAUCAGCAUCGACUUAUUGUUAACGAUCAUGAGGUGCGUAAGCUGGUUAAUCUAACAAACGGUGAACAAGGCUGGCGUGCUUUGACCGGGGUGUUGAAUCGAGUUGGGCGGUUUCAAUUCGAUUGGUUCCAACCACCUAAUCGGAUGCAGUUCUAUCGAAUGAAUAUUUCGGAAAAGAUACUAUACCUGUUUUUCAGUACCAUGCCAGUUUGUCCUGCAUGUCCAGCUUUGGUAGCCACGUUUCAAAAUGUCAUAAAUUAUUAUCAGGGCGACGUUGUGCGUUUAGAGGAAUUUAAUUAUUCGUUCCACUCUUCAGUAGCUACAUCGGUCACUGUUGAUAAUAUUGAUUUGAGUGAAGGUUUGAGUGAUCAUAUAAAAAGAAGAAUACGAGCAAUGAAAGAGAUGUACUAAUUGUUUGGUCAAUGAC